CAACGAUAAACCCUAAUUUUCAUUUUAACGUUUCGUCCCACUCACAAAGUACUCGACAAUCUGGUGAUUUUUAUGAUGGGGGCACCAAGUUGUAAGUGUUGAUCUUCUGUUCAAGAGAUGGGUUUUGUCUCAAGAGAUAUAAUCAGCGGUCUGCCAAAUCCUCUGAUUUCCCACAUCUUGUCUUUCCUUCCCACAAAAGAAGCAGUUUCAACAUCGGUUCUUGCUAAAAGGUGGCGUUUUUUGUUUGCGUCAGUAACAAAUCUUGAUUUUGAAAGCGGUGAUGAUGAGAAUAGUACAAGCUUUAUGGAAUUUGUGGAUAGAGUAUUGGCUUUGCAAGGGAAUGCUCCGUUAAGCAAAUUCUCUCUAAACUGUUCUGAUUAUCCUGAUCCAGAUCGUGUCAAUGGUUGGAUACUCAAUGUCUUGAGACGCGGUGUUUCAGAACUCGAUCUAAGCCUCUCGGAAUAUCCUUUGCCUCCCAAGAUCUUUGUUAGCAAGACACUGGUUAGGCUGAAAUUAGGACCGGCAGAUGAUCUCAGUUUCAGUAUCGAUGUGAAAAAUGUGUUUCUUCCAAUGCUUAAGACUCUCGAUAUUGAUUCAGUUGUCUUUGAAGAGAGAGGUUUUGGGUUUGUAAAGCUUCUUGCUGGCUGUCCCGUGCUUGAGGAACUAGUUAUGAUGAAUAUCGGGUGGGAAGAUUGGAAGUUUUGCUCUGUGCUUGUCAAAACCCUUAAGAGACUAACUUUUUUCUCUGAGGACACUUAUGAAAAUCCAAAGAGCGUCUCAUUUGAUACUCCAAACCUUGAAUACUUGGAAUAUUCUGACAGUACUGCGGACAAGUAUCCGAAAGUGAAUUUCAGUUCGCUUGUUGAAGCUCAUAUCGGCAUUCGACUCACAGAAGAUCAGAGUGGAGAUGCAAACUUUUCAGAAGACAGCUAUUUCUCGGAAGGUGAUGAGGAGAAAGAGAUGGUUGGUAAUGCAACGGAGUUUCUUAUGGGAAUAUGCAAUGUUAAGAUCCUCUAUUUAUCUGCCAAAGCUCUUGAGGUACUUACUUAUUGCUGUAAAGCAAUGCCGGUAUUCAACAACCUGAUUCAACUAACGAUUGAGAGUAACUCGGAAAUUGGAUGGGAUUCACUGCCAGGUCUGCUCAAGAAUUGUCCCAGUCUAGAAACCCUUGUUUUAAAGGGUCUUGUCCACAAACUUAACAAGGGAUGUGGGGACAUGUGCUGCUGUAAACGUCCGAAGCAUCCUUCUUGCCUUUCAUCUUCUCCGGUGAAGGUGGUAAAAAUAUUAAUGUGUGAAGACUACGAUGAGGACAUGAUGGAAAUGGAGCAGAUGAAGCAUUUCUUGAAGAAAAUGCCGUGUCUUGAACAGUUGAUGGUAUACUACAAUACAUCAUAUGACCCGUCUGUGUUAGAAUUAUCCAAGAAGCUUCAGAAGAUUAAUGGAAUAGCCUCAGCAAAGUGCAAGAUCCACGUAAUCUCUCAGAAUCUUAGUUUGUCAUCUACUGUGCCUUGUUCCUUGACAAUGAAAUGGUCUACUGCUCCUCCAGAAGAAGAAAAGUCAUGGCCUACUACUCCUCCAAAAAAAGAAUAUUCCUGGUAUCCUUCAGAAGAUGAAGAUGAAUAUUCCUGGCUUUGAUCUAAACUCCUUUGUUUCUGUAGUUUGUUCUCUGUUUAGCAUCUUGGUUUAAAGACCGGUGU